AUGGGCUACAUACUCAUGACUUUCGCGUUCAUUCUCAUUGUUUUUCUCUGCAUACGCAAGUUUCUCUUUUUGCUCACAUGGCGCAGCUUUCGUGACGGUCCGUACGUCAUUGGACAGCAUCAGUGGCGACCAGGAAACUUGGCGGGUCCACAAUGGUGCAACGUGUGCCACACCAUCGUCUACGGCAUCCGCAGCUACGUGGUCACGUGCGACAUCUGCGGCAUGUACGCGCACGCGCAUUGUGCGAUCUCUACGAUACGCUUCAAGGGCAUAAAUGGUCCCAUUUCAACUUCUGCUACUGGUGAUGACCCUUUAUUUCCAUUUACGUCAUCCUGUGCCUGUAGAGCACCUGGAGUACUGUUGCCACACGCGACAGUUGCUUUGGACGACAAAGAAGCAGAACUCCCGCUUGUGUCGACGCCGCAACACCACAUGUGGAUCAAGGGCAAUAUCGACCCGACGGACUUGUGCUCAUUGUGCGGCCUUUUCUGUGGAAGUAUCUUGGCACUCUCAGGACUCAAGUGUUCAUGGUGUCAUGUACGAGUGCACGAGGAAUGUUUCCAGCAGGCCUUCGCCCGUACACAUCGACCGCAGCUGCUACGACGUUGCACUUUGGGUCGGCAUGCAAACCUCAUCUUACCUCCGUCGUGUGUCGUAUUGCGUGAAUUUGGCUCGGUUGCUAGCAAGUCGCAGCGAGCAAUUAAUACGGUACGUAGUGCAGCGCAUAUCGCAGUGACGACAAUGUCCAAAAUUCGACUUCGACGGCGACUUGCCAACGACGCAAAACCGCCACCAACUUCACUAACAAGUAAGUUUCGAGGCGAGACUGCUAAUGGAUGGGAGAAUGCGCUUGCGGCUGCAUCGAUCGUCGUGUCUGGAUCUGACGGGCUACCGUAUGAUCUUGUUGAGCCCCCUGAGCAAACCACUCCACUCUUGGUCUUCAUCAACAGUCGUAGUGGUGGCAAAAUGGGGCUGCAUGUUUUACGGCACAUACGGAAGUGGCUCAACCCCGUCCAAGUGUAUGAUUUAUCGCAUCAAAGCCCUAUUGAGCCACUGCGUCGGUUCAUAGGGCUACCGCGGCUACGAAUAUUGGUCUGCGGUGGAGACGGAACUGUAGGUUGGAUACUUGGUGCUUUAGACGAAAUCAGAGCUCCGCGGCAACCACCUAUCGCCGUUCUGCCGCUAGGUACUGGCAAUGAUUUGGCUCGGGUUUUGGGUUGGGGCGCUAGCUUCUCAGCCCCUACGGAUGUGAGCGAACUCCUUAGCGAAGUUGAAGCAGCACACGUUAGUCUGCUGGAUCGGUGGGAAGUAAAUAUCGGCAAGUCGCAAAAGCGCGUAGUUUUGAACAAUUACAUGGGUGUCGGGGUGGACGCUCAAGUGGCGCUCGAGUUCCAUGAACAACGUGAGCGCUCGCCAAGGCUCUUUAUGAAUCAGUUUGUGAACAAGUUGUGGUACAGUCAGUUUGGAGCAAAGAAUUUCCUUGUCCGAACGUGCGCUGGUUUGCCCGAUAAAAUUGUGCUCGUCUGCGAUGGAAAGCUUAUCACAUUUCCUGAAGGAAUAGAGGGUAUCAUCAUCCUCAACAUUAACAGUUAUGGCGGUGGCUCCAAGCUCUGGCAUGAUGACGCUCAAUCCGACAGGGAAGACUCGGACUCGGCUAGCGAGACGGACGAUGACCGAAGCCGGACAAGCAGCGUUGGCAGUCUUGACACCAGCACGCACUUCGGCCCUUCUUCCCCCCAUGACGGUCUACUUGAUGUUGUGGCAGUGUAUGGCACGUUGCAUCUUGGCCAGAUGCAGGUGGGCUUGUCGAACGCCGUACGUUUAUGUCAGGCCAAAUCUGUGAGUCUCACUUUGAAAGAAACGCUGCCUGUGCAGAUCGACGGCGAACCAUGGCUGCAAAAUUCUGAUGAGAUCGACAUAUCGUUUUUGCAGCAAGCGUUCAUGCUUAGUCGUACUGUCGAUGAACGGGAUGUGGUGACGAAAAAAGUUGGUGAGGUGUUAGACUGGGCUGAACAUACACACGUUAUAUCCUCUCGGCAGCAUGAUGUGUUGCUCGCCGAGAUCGCUCGUCGUGCCGCGGAUGGUGCUGCAUCUCGACGGUCGAUUCGUUCUCGUGCUCGUACUACCACUAAUCCGCCACAUUGA